GGCCCCGCCCCUCCCUGGGCGUUCGCGUCUUCCUUCCGGGUCGCGUAGGGCCCGCCUGCUGCUGUUCGCCGCAACGCGGGAGUCUGGGAGCCGCCCCCUCUCGCGGGCCUCCCGGCGCCUGGCUGCUGGUGAAGCCCUUGGUGCGCGCCUCUCCCGGACCCAGCAGGGUAAGAAAAUGACACAUUUCAGCAUUUGUACCUGAAAUCAGCAUGCAAAUUUCAGGCCACAUGGAUAGGUGCCAACUGUUCCAUUUCCUCUGUGUACCCUGUGACCAUUCUAUCUGGGAAUAUCCUUCAAAGAGUUCAUGCAUCUUACUGAGGACACCUGACCUUUUGAAGCUUCAUAAUUCACAUCUAGAUGUCACCAGUCUUUCCUAUGUUAACAGUUCUGACUAUGUUUUAUUAUAUAUGCCUUCGGCGUCGAGCCAGGACAGCUACAAGAGGAGAGAUGAUGAACAGCCAUAGAACCAUAGAAUCAAACAGCCGGACAUCCCCUCUCAAUGCAGAGGUGGUUCAGUAUGCUAAAGAAGUAGUAGAUUUCAGUUCCCAUUAUGGAAGUGAGAAUAGUAUGUCCUAUACCAUGUGGAAUCUGGCAGGUGUACCAAAUGUUUUCCCAAGUUCUGGUGACUUUACUCAGACAGCUGUGUUUCGAACUUAUGGAACAUGGUGGGAUCAGUGUCCUAGUGCUUCCUUGCCAUUCAAGAGGACACCACCUAAUUUUCAGAGCCAGGACUAUGUGGAACUUACUUUCAAACAACAGGUGUAUCCUACAGCUGUUCAUGUUCUGGAAACUUAUCAUCCUGGAGCGGUCAUUAGAAUUCUGGCUUGUUCUGCAAAUCCCUAUUCUCCAAGCCCACCAGCUGAAGUAAGAUGGGAGAUUCUUUGGUCAGAGAGACCUACGAAGGUGAACGCUUCCCAGGCUCGCCAGUUUAAACCUUGUAUUAAGCAGAUAAAUUUUCCCACAAAUCUUAUACGGCUGGAAGUAAAUAGUUCUCUUCUGGAUUAUUACACUGAAUUAGAUGCAGUUGUGCUACAUGGUAUGAAGGACAAGCCAGUGCUUUCUUUCAAGACUUCACUUGUUGACAUGAAUGAUCUAGAUGAUGAUGAUUAUGAAGAAAAAGAUGAUUGUGGAAUGGAUGAUCUUAACAAAAAGUUUAGCAGUGCUGCCCUCAGGGAAGGGCCACAUAAUGGAUAUUUUGAUAAACUACCUUAUGAGCUCAUUCAACUGAUUCUGAAUCAUCUUACACUACCAGACCUAUGCAGAUUAGCCCAGACUUGCAAACUACUGAACCAGCAUUGCUGUGAUCCUCUCCAAUACAUCCACCUCAACUUGCAACCAUACUGGGCAAAGCUAAAUGACACAUCUUUGGAAUUUCUACAGGCUCGUUGCACUCUUGUCCAGUGGCUUAAUUUAUCGUGGACAGGCAAUAGGGGCUUCAUCUCUGUUUCAGGAUUUAGCAGGUUCCUGAAGGUUUGCGGAUCUGAAUUAGUACGCCUUGAAUUAUCUUGCAGCCACUUCCUUAAUGAAACUUGUUUGGAGGUUAUUUCUGAAAUGUGUCCAAACCUACAGGACUUAAAUCUCUCAUCUUGUGAUAAACUACCACCUCAAGCUUUCAACCACAUUGCCAAAUUAUGUGGCCUUAAACGACUUGUUCUCUAUCGCACAAAAGUGGAGCAAACAGCACUGCUCAGCAUUUUGAACUUCUGUUCAGAACUUCAGCACCUCAGUUUGGGUAGUUGUGUAAUGAUUGAAGACUACGAUGUGAUAGCUAGCAUGAUAGGAGCCAAGUGUAAAAAACUCCGGACGCUGGAUCUGUGGCGAUGUAAGAAUAUUACUGAGAAUGGGAUAGCAGAGCUGGCUUCCGGAUGUCAGCUUCUGGAGGAGCUGGACCUUGGCUGGUGCCCUACUCUGCAGAGCAGCACUGGGUGCUUUGCCAGACUUGCACACCAGCUUCCGAACUUGCAGAAACUCUUUCUUACAGCUAACAGGUCUGUGUGUGACACAGACAUUGAAGAACUGGCAGGUAAUUGUACCAGACUACAGCAGCUGGACAUAUUAGGAACAAGAAUGGUAAGUCCGGCAUCCUUAAGAAAACUCCUGGAAUCUUGUAAAGAUCUUUCCUUACUUGAUGUGUCCUUCUGUUCACAGAUUGAUAACAGAGUUGUGCUAGAACUGAAUGCUAGCUUUCCCAAAGUGUUCAUAAAAAAGAGCUUCACUCAGUGACCUACGAUAUGUUCUGUAAUAAUGUACUUUUGUAGAGUUUUAUCUUGGGAUCGAUUUUGUUUUUUUGCUUUGUUUAGUUUGUAUAGUAGUGGAAAUCAAGACAUUUGAAGAUUUUAAAGAAAAAUAUCAGAUUGUCCAUGAAAUCAAGUAAAAAUGUAAACAUGUUCUCAUAAAAUAUGGCAAACACUUUUCUUCAAGAAUGUUUGAGUGGCUGUUAGUGUUUUUACUGUAUAUUAAUCAAUGAUAUUAUGCUUCAGACAAUAAUUACAUGUUUAAUAAAAGAGUGAUAUGGAAAAAUUUUAACUUAUUUUUAAAGGAACACUGAGCAAUAAAGUAUCAUGAUAUUUAUGCA